AUGGUUAUUCACAAAAGUUCCCCGGUUCUUCAUGUCAAAAAGGUUAAGAGACGGAAUUUAGAAAAGGCCUUUUAUUGGUAUCAGCAAGCCUCUGAUAGUGAAUAUGGAUUAGGGAAAAAUAAACCUUGUAAAGGAUUUAACAAAAAAAGCAUUCGAGAAGCCACAAAUAAUGGAUGUGAACCGACAAUGAAUUAUUUAUCCAUGUAUUAUCAGCAUAGGAAUGGAUUAGAGUAG